AUGGCUGAAGCAAGCAAAGAUUUUAUAGAAACUCUGUUUAGUUUCCUCACUCUUCCACUGGGAACUAUCAUUAGGCUUCUGUCGAAGAAUAAGCUGAGCGGGCAUCAAGAAGCUAAGGUUGGCUGCAUCACCAAUCUGUACAAUAGCGUGGAAAAUGCAACUGAUGAGGUUUUCUGGAACCCCAUAUGCAAGCAAAUGCUGCUUCGACCGCGAAACCCAUGUGAAGCUCUUUGCAGGAAACUGAAGCUGAAUGUGGAUGACAAUGAGCCCACAAGGAGCUUCAUUUGUAGUAACCACUGUAAGAGAAGUAAUUCUUUGUUAAGUGCUUUUUCAGGUGUUACAUGCAUCAAAUGUGGGAACCCGAUGGACAAAGAACCGAAGAUAAUGGUGAAUGAUUCCAGUAGUGAAGUAACUCAUCGUCGUGAGGAUGGAGUAUUUGUUAAAGGAGAAGCCAUGUACUUGAUUUUUGAUAAUUUGAAAGUGCUUCAAAGCUCUCCUAGAAUCUUUGUGAAGGAACUUGUCCAGCUUGGCUACAAAGAUUUCAACAAUUUGACAGAAAUUUAUCAAAAUGUUGGUCUGAAGGAGGUUUUGGACUUACUAAAGCAAGCAUUAACCUCUAAGACUGCCCUCAGCGAUGUUUUCUUUGCAAAUGGAUUCUCUAAGGGGAUGUCCACUUACUCACCAAAAAUUGGACAAACCAUCAACCAUGGUAGAAGUGAUUAUUACAGAAACCUUAAGGUAACUGUGAGCAAAUCCAAGAAGAAAAUACUCCAUGCCGAAGCUGAGGAGGAUUUUGUUGAUUUUCUAUUAAGCUUCCUUACGGCACCACUUGGAUCGGUUCUAAAUGUUUUGGAUGGAAAUGCUUCUCUGGGAUGCAUGGACAACUUGUACGAUAGUGUCAAGGACCUCAAUUCAUCAUGGUUCUUCACAGAAAAAAUCGUCACAAGACAUCCCUUGCUGAAUCCACACGUAGCGCCCCAAUUCGGUUUCAAGAAAUGGCAGCCGUUACAGAUUCGUGAGACUUGUGAUUACAAGUAUGGCUAUAUCUCCGGACUAUUGAUCCCAAAGUCACUUAUCGAUAUGAACACUCAAUUUUAUGAACCAAGAUCCCCUAAUGGCCAGAAAGAAGUGGGGUUUGUGAGGAGGCCAUCGGUGUUUGUUGUGUGGGAUGAUCUGCAUGUGAUACCAAUGGCUAAUGCUUCCAGCAUUUCAUUUAUGCAAAAGAUGAAUAUUCCAUUUGAUGAUUUGGAGGAGCAUGUCAUCAGAAUUGGGAGUGCAGAGGCACUAAACCUGUUGGGGGCUUCUUUGACAACCAAUGCUGCAUUGACAGAAGGCUUAUUCUACCUCUUGGAGAUGCCAAAUCAAGAUGCUAGAGCUUGA